GCAUGCGGUGCGUAAUGUUCUACUAAUCACAGACAUAUUUAGAUUUCUUUUGCCCCGUAAUUAAUUCAAUAAGCAUGCCUAAAAAAAUUAAAAAAGCAAAUAAAAAUGCAGCCAAAGGAGGCAAAAAGAUGUGGAAAAAGCAUCAAAGUUCGAGCUUCAAUCCUAGUUUUAAUAAACACAGGUUAGAAGCUAAGAAACGAGCGAUGUUUGGAGUCAGAGGUGAAGGGAAUUUGACAGAAGCGAAGUUGGCCAUCCACAACAAACUGACGACAGACAGUCAAUGUGACCAAAGCGAAGAGGCCAUGAGUGUGGGCGGGGAGACGGCCAUGACUGCGUUCACCAACUGUUCGUUGCCCACUUUCAACAGGCUGCUGAAAAACUGGAAUUCCAACUCUUUUCUGCACAAAGAGAUGUUGGCCAUCAUAGCCGCCGUGACAGACAUCUUGAAGAUGAAAGAUGGAAAAGAAACAGAGACGGAGUACUUCGCCGCCCUUAUGACAACUCUGGACAUUGUCCAGACGGACGAAUCUCUGACGGCCGUCAUAUGUCUGCUCUCCAUGCUGGCAAGGAGGUAA